ACCCUGCUUCCUGCAGCUUUUGGCAGCGGGAUGGACCUGGUGGGACCCAAAACCGCUUCCCACGGGGAGGGAGAUGGCUCCGGCGCAGAAUUUCUGGGGUUCCCUGGCAGCGAUGGAGGAAGGCGAGGACGGCCCGGUGGGGGAGACGAGCCCCUCGGAGAGGGAGGGGGCCACCUCAGACCACGAGGGCUCUGCUGAGCGCGACACCUCCACCCCCCCUGGCAGUGAAGAGUCCAGAGACACCCCGGAGAGUCCAAAGGAGCCGGAGAAGCCGGAUCCCGGAGAAAAUCCACAGGAGCUGGACACCUGGAAUGGGCCAGAUGAGCUGGAUCUGGUGGUGCAGGAGGGGGAGAGACGGGUGCGAACUCGCAGGAGCCUCCCCGAGGGCUUCUCCUGGGGACCCUUCCAGGGCAGCAUCCACAGCGAGACGGCAUCUCCGGGGCACAGCGAGACGAGCCCACCCGUGACACUGGUGCUGGAGGACGAGAGCUGCUGGCUGUCCCGGCUGCCCCUCGUGCCCGGAGAGCCUGAUGCCAACACCGUGAUCUACAGGAAGGAGGAAGCCCUGUGGUGCCGGACGACGCGUGCCCUGCGGGAGGACGAGGCCGUGUGUGCCUUCGUGGUGGGGGAGCCGCCCACCGUCGCCAACCACCACGCGGUGAAAGCGGAGCCCAGCGACUCGACGUACCCGGCGGCGCUGCACUCGGACAUCCAGCUGCUGCCACAGCAAGCCGGCAUGGCCGCCAUCCUGGCCACCGCCGUGGUUAACAAGGAUGUCUUCCCGUGUAAGGAUUGUGGGAUCUGGUACCGGAGCGAGCGCAACCUACAAGCCCACCUCAUGUACUACUGUGCCAGCCGGCAGAGCGCCGGGUCGCCCGCCCUGGAGGAGAAACCCAAGGAGACCUACCCCAACGAGCGUGUCUGCCCCUUCCCCCAGUGCAAGAAGAGCUGCCCCAGCGCCAGCUCCCUGGAGAUCCACAUGAGGAGCCACAGCGGAGAGCGGCCGUUCGUCUGCCUGAUCUGCCUGUCUGCCUUCACCACGAAAGCCAACUGUGAACGUCACCUGAAGGUGCACACAGACACCCUGAAUGGCAUGUGCCACAGCUGCGGCUUCAUCUCCACCACGAGGGACAUCCUCUACAGCCACCUGGUCACCAACCACAUGAUCUGCCAGCCGGGCUCCAAGGGAGAGGUCUACUCACCAGGGCCAGCCCUGCCCACCGCCAAACCCCUCACCCCUGCAGGGCUGAGCCAGACGAACAACGCGUCCCUGCGGAAGUGCAGCCUGCCAGCGUUCCUGCCCGAGGGGCUGCCGGCACUGCCACAGCAGCACGUGGUGCUCCACGGCCCCCUGCCCGCCCCACCGCCCGGCCCCGACACCGCGCCCCCCCCGGCACAGCCCGCCUCACCCCCUGAGGCUAGAGCUGGCAAGCUCUCACCGCCAGCCCAGCCGCAGAAUGGGGAAGGUCCAUCAUCCUCUUCCUCCUCCUCCUCCUCCUCCUCCUCUGGCGAGGCCAUCCACAUCAAGGAGGAGCCCGCCGGCAGCCCGGUGAGCGAGGCAGAGGUGCCAAAAAGUGGCGGCCCCGGGGAAGGGGGUGGCAGCCCCGACGCCUGCUCGCGGACCUCGUCCCCCCGCAGCCUGCCCUCGGCCAAGGUCAAGUCGGAGCUCGCCAGCCCCACGCCGGGCUCCAGCCCCGUGCCCAGCGAGCCGGGGACAGGCACGGCCGGCGGCACUGUCUUCCUACCCCAGUACGUGUUCGGCCAUGAAGCCGCGGUGGUGCCGCAGGCAUCAGAGAUCCUGGCGAAGAUGUCGGAGCUGGUGCACAGCCGGCUGAAGCAGGGCCACGGCGGCACGGUGCCGCCCGCCAUCUACUCGGGCACGCCGGUGCCCAAGGGUGCCACCUGCUUCGAGUGCGAGAUCACCUUCAACAACAUCAACAACUACUACGUGCACAAGCGCCUCUACUGCUCCAGCAGGCACCUCGCCGAGGACAGCCCCCCUGGGCCACGCAAGCUCAAAGCCCCUCCCGGGGCACCCAAGGGUCCCCCCACCCCGGGGACGCUGAUGUCCACCCCAGCGGGUGACAAGCAGGGGAUGCCAGCGGGGGACGGUGAUGCCAGCCGAGAUGCCACACCGCCAGCUGCCCCACCAGAGGUGAAGGUAGAGGACGGGGGUGUCAAAGCGGGGUCCCCCGAGGUGGAGGCAGGGUCAGGGCGAUGCAGCGAGGACAGCCAGAGCCCCGGCAGCUCGGUGGGGGACGAGGGGGACGAGGACCCCAGCAAGACGCUGUGCGAGGCCUGCAACAUCCGCUUCAGCCGCCACGAGACCUACGUGGUGCACAAGCGUUUCUACUGCGCCUCCCGCCACGACCCCCUCCUCCGCCGCCCCAGCGCCCCCAACGUGUGCGAGGCCUGCAACAUCCGCUUCAGCCGCCACGAGACCUACGUGGUGCACAAGCGUUUCUACUGCGCCUCCCGCCACGACCCCCUCCUCCGCCGCCCCAGCGCCCCCAAAGUCCCCUUCCUGCCCCAGCCCCUCCGCACCCGCAAACGCCGCAAGCUCUAUGAGAUCCACGGGGCCGCUCACCGCCCCACCGAACCCCCACCGGCCCCCGACCCACCGCCGGCCCCUGACCUUCCGGGGGCCCCCCCCUCGCCCCGCUCCAGCCCGGAUGCCGACGGUCCCAUCGAUCUGAGCAAGAAGCCGCGGCGACAAGGAGAACCGGCACCGGCACCGCUGCUCCCCUUGGCCGACUACCACGAGUGCACCGCCUGCCGCAUCAGCUUCAACAGCCUCGACAGCUACCUGGCCCACAAGAAGUACCAGUGCCCGGCCACCCCGCUGCAGCCCCGCACCCUCGAGCACCUCCAGAAGAUGAAGGGGGCCAUGCCCGCCCCCCUCAAAGGCCGGCGCAGCCCCGGCAGCCCCGGCGAGAGGGACCCUGAAGGUGUGCGGUUGAGGGCGGCUCCAACGGGGAGCCCCGGCAUCCCCUACCCCGGUGCAUCUGGGGCGGACUCGCUGCAGCGUCACCCCAAGGGUGCCCUGCCACCCCCGGGGGUGAAGGGACCCCUCUCUGCCUGUCCCUACUGCCCCCUCAACGGGGCAGUCAAGGGCGACCUCCUUGAGCACUUCCGUAAUGCCCACGGGCUCUUCGUGGCCAAGCCGGUGGCGGCCGGGCAGGGGCUCCCCGACGCCCCGGUGCCCGGUACCGGCAGGACACCCGAACCCCCGCUGCCCGCACCAUCACCCCCCCGGCCGCCUGUCCCCCGCCUCCGCCGGGACAGCUUCAACGGCAAGGAGGGUCGCGCCUACACAGACAGGGGGGUGCAGACCCCCCCGGCCAAGGCUGUGCCCGGCCCUGUGCCCAACGGCAACCACAGGUACUGUCGCCUCUGCAACAUCAAGUUCAGCAGCCUCUCCACCUUCAUCGCCCACAAGAAGUAUUACUGCUCCUCCCACGCCGCCGAGCACGUCAAGUAAAGCUCCCCUCACUGCCCCCCCACCACUGCUUGCUGGGGGGGCUGGGAACCGAUUGCUGGCACCCCCCUCUUGCAGGGGUCAGGGUGAUGAAGGAACCCCCCCCACACCCCCUCCAGGAGGCUCCACCGGGGCAGCUUCAGCAUCCAGAGGUCCCUCCGGUGGCCCCAAACUUCACCCCAGGUUGGGGGUUCUGUGCAUCAUGGGCUGAGAACCCUGGGGGGGGGAGCACGGUGCUGGUGGGGGGCCGGCCCCCCCAGGUCCCCAGUGCAUGUGGUACCCCUACCUCUGCUGCAGCCAGAGCCAAUGCUGCAGGGAAACUGAGGCAGGGGGCAGGCUCAUAGCCCUGCCCUGGCCAGGGGGCUGCAGGGGGGGGGUCUGCCCCCAGGUAGACACUACAGGGCUGGGGAGGGGGCACAGCAUGGCUGGGCUUGGCCCUGGGCACCCCAGGAAGCGUGUUGGUGCCCCCCUGCCACGGAGCGGACCCUGCAGGGAGACAGCACUGAAGCCGAGGAUGAAGCAACCCUGGGAACCGUGUGUAUAAGUGUGUACAGAAAUAAAUAUGUCUAAUAAAGCCGGGCUGCCGCCUGCCUGCGGGUGGGGGACACUGUG